AUGGAACAGAACGCGGAAGUUAGUAAUCAUAGAGACAGCGAUUACAGUGAUGUCCAAGAAUGUAAGAAUAAAGCUGUCCCAACAGAAGACACGGAAAAGUGCACAUCUCCGAAGACAAAUGUGCGAAUCAACAAAAAUCCAGUAAACAUAGCAAACCAUUCACAACAUGCCAGAACUAAACAACAAGAUGUUUACUAUAGCGAUGAAGAUAUGUGCACAGAUUCAGUGGGUAGCUCAGAUGUAUACUUGAAGGUGAAGUCUCCUAAGAAGCAAAGAGUUACUGGAAGAUUUGCAUGUAAUAAUGUUAGUCCGUUUUCUGAAGAAAAACGUGUCAACAAAUGCCUCAUAGAUGUACCCGAUUACAACCUUGUGGGAGUUGAUGGAGGUUACCAAGACGCGUUUUGA